CCCCAGACAUCGGUGGUGGGAGGUAGUGUCUCGUAGUGCGCUCAGAGCCUCUCUCACAGAUCUUAUAGCGUCAUGAUGAACAUGAUCGUGCAGGUUGGCGCCGUGUCGUUCGGCGUCAUGAAUCUUGGAGACAUGGAUGUACAGAGUCUAGUCGUAGGCGCGGACCUUGCGGAUGUGAUCUCCAGUAACACCCCGCCCACCCACGCCCACCACCCGCUCUCUCCUCCUCCUGAUCCCAUGGAUAAGCACGCCCACGCCAGCCACGCCCACGCCAGCCACCCCCACGCCCCCACAAGCCAGGGCCGCCUCUUAACGCGUGCACCCCUUCCUCACGCCCGCUCCACGCCCACCCAACACCAUAGAUCGCGCCACGAGCCUCCCUCCACCAUCCCUGACACCUCGCGUGACACCGCGAGCGCCAGAGCGAGCUUGGAACGCAUCCGCCGCGUUCGUCAACAAAUCCAGACGAAUCCGCCGCUGCCGCACCACGCCCCCAGGCUGACCUGGCCCCUCACACCACGCCCACGGCACCUGACGGGUGAGGGAGACACCUCCCUAGACACCUCAGGUGAGGGAGACACCUCCCUAGACACCUCAGGUGAGGGAGACACCUCCCUAGACACCAGAGGUGAGGGAGAGACCUCGCUAGAGGAGGCGAGAGGGAGAGAAACCUUGAUAGAAGACGCGCGAGAAAUGUGGAAACGUUUGGGACAGGAGCUGAGGACAGUGGCUGACCAGUUCCAGCAGCGUCAGGCUGAGGCCAACACCAGCAACACCGGCAACACCAGCAACACCGGCAACACCAGCAACACCGGCAGGUUCUCAAUCACUGUCACCAUCACUGUCUCCCGAGGCUUGUGUCUGUCUGUCGCCUGUCUGCUGGCUUGGAGAUUUAUCUCCAGGUAUCGAUAGUGAGAGAGAUCUGUCUCACGAGGGGGUGGGGGGGGGAGAGGAGAACUUGUCAUUUUUCUGUCUUUGAUGUGUCACAUUCUGUCGGAACCGAGGAAGGAAUGGGGGUCACUUGCUGCCUAUUAGGGGGGAGAAACUGUCACUUUCUGCCUAUUAGGGGGGAGAAACUGUCACUUUCUGCCUAUUAGGGGGGGAGAAACUGUUACUUUCUGCCUAUUAGGGGGGAGAAACUGUUACUUUCUGCCUAUUAGGGGGGAGAAACUGUCACUUUCUGCCUAUUAGGGGGAGAAACUGUCACUUUCUGCCUAUUAGGGGGGAGAAACUGUCACUUUCAGCCUAUUAGGGGGAGAAACUGUCACUUGCUGCCUAUUAGGGGGGAGAAACUGUCACUUUCUUUAUUAGUUGGAUAAAAUGAUCACUGUCUCUCUAUUAGGGGAUAAAAAUGUCACUUUCUCUCUAUUAGGGCGGGAGAAAGUGUCGCCUCUAAGUAAAAAAAGUGUCACUGGACCAAGAGUAAGUGACUCCUAGUUAGGCUUAAUAUAAGCUGCCAAAUGGUUGUAUAUUUUUGUAAGAAAGUUGAUAGAAUUAUUUUUACAAAGUUCUAAUGAACACUGAACAAACUCAAUUCUAGGAAAUAACUUGAACAAACUCAGUUUUAAAGAACACUGUGAAAAACUCUGCUCAAGGGAACAACAACUUGGAACAAACUGAACUCAAUGGAACACAAUGGACGAAUUUCAGUUCCUUUGAUCAUGAAUGUUUCCGAUAAGAAAUAAGCUUAGUAUAAGAUACGUUGUUCCAUGUUUGUGCACAAAAAUGGGAACAACGGUGCCCGUGAUUACAGUCUGUUUGUGCACUAAAAUGGAUGUAGAGUCUCUUGUAUUAUUUCCUGUUGGUCAGUGAUAACGAAUUAGAUACGCGUUUUCUACACAGAAAACACAAUUGUCAACCCUUAUAUCUACGUUUUUUUUCAAUAAAUAAGUUGUUAUAUAAUUAUAAUUAUGCACGUACAUUUAUGUUAUAAUAUUAUUAAUUAUUUUAUUUGUUUUAUAUAUUGAUAUUAAUUGGAAUUUAUACUAUUUUAUUAUUUAUUAAUUUUCUUUUCAAAGUUAAUUAGUGAAGUGUUUUCAAUCGAGGAUCAUCUGAGGGAACAAUGUCAAAAAAAAAAAAUUAGCUAAAUUUUCUUUCUCAAAAUGGUAUAACAGAAUAGAAAAUGUAAUUUCUUGAAGUAAAAUUGUAUUGAGAGAAUGAAAUAGGAUUACAAUCGCGUUCCUGGUCCUUCUGCCAUAUCUUAAUUCUCAUAAUUAAGCUGUCAAGAGUUUCAUCCAUCUUUGUGUUCUCUAACACCUUGGAUAAAGUUUAUUUUGUUAUUUUAGUUUUGUUUAUGUUACAAGAGUCUCCACCCUU